UUCCUUUAACCAAAAAUGGCUUCCCCAAUUCUUCAAUAUUUCCUUCUCUCAAUCACAAUGAUCCACAUGAUCUCUAUUUCAUCCGGCCAGCCGUCAUUCCGUCCCUCCGCCCUAAUAGUCCCGGUGACCAAGGACUCCUCCACUAAUCAAUACGUCACAAAACUCAACCAACGCACCCCUCUGGUCCCAAUCAACCUAGUCCUAGACCUCGGAGGAAGAUACCUAUGGCUCGACUGCGACACCAAUUACGUCUCAUCAACCUAUCGCCCUGUUCCUUGUAACUCCGCCCAAUGCAACCUUGCCCGCUCAAACGGCUGCGGCACAUGCUCAGGACCUUCCCGCCCUGGUUGCAACAAGAACACAUGUGGGGUAACACCGGAUAACACCGUCACCCGCACCGUCACCGGCGGAGAGCUAGCAGAGGAUGUCAUUUCUCUUAACUCCACAAAUGGGUCUAAUCCGGGUAGGGCUGUUCAGGUUAACCGCUUUAUCUUCUCCUGCGCACAACCUUUCCUUCUCCAAGGUUUAGCCAAGGGAGCUUCAGGUAUGGCUGGUUUAGGUCGAACUCGGGUCUCCCUACCGGCUCAAUUCUCAUCCGCCUUCAGUUUCCAUCGCAAAUUCGCUAUAUGUCUUUCAUCCGGGACCGGAGUUGCCAUCUUCGGCGACGGACCUUACUUUUUACAACCCGGAAUGGAAAUCUCUGCUUCUCUAACUUACACUCCCCUGUUCCUGAACCCAGUCAGCACUUCAAACGCCUUCGUUAACGGCGAACCAUCUGCCGAUUACUUCAUCGGCGUCAGGUCUAUCAAAGUCGACGGGACCACCGUUCCCGUUAACUCGUCGCUGCUGAGGAUUGACAGUAAAGGUAACGGCGGGACAAAGAUCAGCACUGUAAACCCAUACACUGUUCUAGAAUCUUCGAUUUUCAAGGCGGUUACGGACGCUUACGUUAAGGCGGCGACGGCGAGGAACAUAACGAGAGUGGCGGCGGUGGCGCCGUUCGAUGUCUGUUUUAGUUCAAAGAAUGUUUUUGUGACUAGACUGGGUUGGGCGGUGCCAUGGGUGACGUUGGGGCUUCAGAAUGAGAAUGUAAGGUGGGACAUUGUGGGUUCUAAUCUGAUUGUGCAGCCUAAUGAUCAGACUUUGUGCCUGGGAUUUUUGGACGGAGGAUCGAACUCAAGAACUUCAAUUGUCAUCGGAGCUUUUCAAAUUGAAGAUAAUUUGCUGCAGUUUGAUCUAGCAGCUUCCAGGCUCGGCUUCAGCUUUUCUCUUUUGGGAAGGAGGACGACUUGCGCCAAUUUCAAUUUUACUCAAUAAAUUAAUUAAUCAACACGAAUAAUAAAUAUAUAUAUAUG